AUGGCCUCACCAGAUCUGGAUCUGGAUGUCGCUCCCAUCCCUCGGUCUCGGGAGGAAAACCAAGAAAGAGCCUUCAUUGCUGCCUCCAGACGCAAAGAUCGAAGCUUAGAUGCUCGUCUGGAAUCAGCCAAUCGGGCCUCGAUGCUGCACAAAAAGCGCACGGGGAAAGCCCUCCACAUCACGAAAGAAAUCGUUGAACGCGAGGCCAUGUAUGAGGAAAUUGACGAGCGCUACCAAGAGAAGCGUAUCCGUAUGCUGCAAGCGCAGAACCUGCACAUCGAAGAGCAGUUGAACCGACAACUGCUGGCGGCGCUGGCCGUCCGAACCAACGGCAUUCAACAACGCCGUGCUGCCAGCUCAAACGCUCACGGUCCAGUGAAUGGCGUGCGCAAGAUGAGCCUGGACCUAUCCGGCCUUCGUUCGUCUUUCUCUGAGAGCACGCCGACGGGGGCAAUGACCAGUCCCAUGGUGAUGGAUCAUCAUAGCUACAUGCUGCCCCCCUCGUAUAACGUUAGCCCACAGUCAUCCUGCGUGGCACCCGAGGCGUCGUAUCCCGAGAUGGUCCCCGGCUCCUCGUCGACUCAGAUUCCAUCAUACCUUGCCAAUGCCGCUCAACAGACCCCCACGUCGCCUCAACAGCAGGCGGCCGGCCCGCAGCAAUUCCGCCCGUCUUGGGCAGGCUUCCAACCACAACAAUAUCAGGAGCAACUGCAACAGCAUCCCCAAUUCUGGAACGGUGUUCCGACACGGCAGUUCAGAGAUCGUCUGGCUUCGGCUCCAGAGAUUCCUGUGCACGGUCUCCCGUCCGUUGUGCCUGCCGCCCCUGAUACCACGACUCUGGCUGACGCCACCUACGGACGGGUGUCACAUCACACUAGAGUCCGGUCAGAGCCCGACCGGCAGUUCCUGGCUCAAGCAAGAUUUUCCGCUUCGGGGUCGAGCUCGCCCAAAAUGGAGAUGGUCUCCACCGAGACCCUGUCGACCCCCGAUCUGUGCGCAACUCCUGGAACGCCCCACUCGCCCACUUCGAUGGGCAAUGACGCAGCGCAUUUGGAGCUCGAGGCAGGGAACAAGGAGGGCGAGGUUGUAUUCUCUUCGCACCAGGGACUCGAUCCUGACUAUGAUGAGUUCAGCCGCUUUGCUUGGGGAUUAGGCAACGACGCACCGAUCCAAGAUCGGGAGACCUUCGGGUUUGACGACUACGUUGCAUUGGACGAAUUCACGGCCACCGCUUAA